GAAGGUUGCGUCGAACAGAAAGUCACCUCUUCUUGUCGGUCAGGGGGAAGCUACUGACAGCUAACAGCAGCGGCUUCUACCGGGGAAAGGUCGACAGUAGGACAGUAGCAUCCUCCUCUAACCUUAAACUCCCCAGUAUCCUAUUUAAACCGCAUUAAAUAUCGUCUAGGGACAGUUCUGUGGCUGGUAAACGCAGAUAAACAACAAGCUAACAGUUUAUAGGAAGCUAGCUUCUGCAGUCGGAAUAACCCGGAUCAUGGCUGCGCUCAGAGCGUCCUACCACAGGAUUCUGGACCGGAUCGAGCACAUCCUGCCCGCCAAACUGAGACCUCUCUACAACCACCCGGCAGGUCCAAAAACAGUUUUUUUCUGGGCCCCGAUGUUUAAAUGGGGCCUGGUCAUGGCUGGUUUGGCUGACAUGACCCGACCAGCAGAGAAACUCAGCACCUCCCAGUCUGGAGUGCUGACAGCCACAGGGCUCAUCUGGUCCAGAUAUUCGCUGGUUAUUAUCCCAAAGAACUGGAACCUUUUCGCUGUGAACUUCUUCGUGGGCAGCGCAGGAGCGUCCCAGCUCUACAGGAUCUGGAACUACAAGCAGGAGCUGAAGGCUAAAGAAGCCGAGUCGUGAGGAAGUUCUCCCUGCGAUGCUGCUGACACAAAGGGAGACUUUUAUAUCAUCUCUGCACCAUUCUAUGCUGUUCCCAUGACAUCCAUGCCAUAACCACAUGUUUGCCACAUUAAGCCUGUUGUCCCUGAAGGAAAUACGCUUUUCCCCAAGUUUCACGUUUCCUCAGGGUGUUUAUAAAAAGAUAGAUUUUUUUUUUUUAACUCGUCAAUACAUGCUCAAGAACCGUGGUCAUCAACGCACAAGUACCGCUUGUUCAUCAAGUUUUAUGAUUGUACAGUGCCUGAUUUCACACGUCAUGCUUUGCAUCGUGUGCACUAGUCGGGGAAAUUUUGCGUCAUUUGUCAACUGACUUCUGUCAGAUGUAGCAAUCGGUACCUCAAGCAGAUUUCCCAAAAUUCACCUGUUGGAUCAGUGCUGAAUGUCACCAUAAAUGUAAGGAUUUAUCUUUUCAUUGGCAUAUUUAUCAUUUCAUUGGUGUCUGUUCCUCAGCAGUCAUUAAGCCUUUGAUUACAAUGGAAAGGAUUCCUUCCAUUUUAAUAGCCCAUUCAAGAACAAACCCUGAUUUAUAUAUUUAUUUUGACAGAAGUGUGUGAGAAGUUAUUCAACAUGUGCGUGCAGCUUUGCGAGUCAACGAGCAAACACUGGGACAAACUGUAACAGUUCUUUUUAGACUUCCUCGUAAAAUACUUGAUCUGGGAAAAUGUUUGGUUUUUUUUUUCAAUAAUUGACACAAUCAAACUGUAUUCAUGCAGUAACUCCCUAAUUUAGCAAUAAUUUGUGUAAUUAAUCUGCUGACUGUUCAGACAUUUAAGGGAUGGUCAUUAAAUGUAUAAAAUAUGUUGGUAAUUGCUAUGUAUUAAUAAAUCAGAUUAAUACAGCUUGGUCACCUGAGUAUUGACGAUUAACUUUGGAUAUACACUCGGAUGUGAAUGGUUUCCAAACUAAUAUAUGAAAUGUGUUAAUUAUUUUACUCAGACUACAAAUACAGAUGAAUCAUUUGUAUUUGUAUUAUUUUUGCUCCCUGCUGACAUUAAAUCAGAUCAAACGUUUAA